AUGUUAGCAAUGUGCAUUGCGUAUUCCGGCAACAAGAUCGUGGAAUACCUAACUCGAGAUGCCAAAGAUGCUUGGUCGUCUGAGAAGAUCCUCACGGUCCUAGCUGGGUCCAUGUUGGCGCUUUACUCAAUAAAGUUGCUCUAUGAAUGGUGGACAGAGAGCGAGGAAGAGAAUGAUGAGAAGGAUGAGGAAGGUGAGCAACAGAGAUAUGCAAAAGUUAGUCCUGAGACCGAUGUCGAGGAUGGCGAACUGACUCCCAUGUGGCAGGAACACAAGCAUAAUGACUCAUCCAAUGAGAUCGAGAUCCAAAGCAAAGCUCCGUCCCAAAAGGAGACUGCACAGACACAGACGUUGUUCGUGAUUGCCUUCAUUGGCUCGUUGGACGAUCUCACGCUAUUUGUGCCAAUGCUGGUGGGGAAGGGGUUUGAUUUCAUCCAGCUGAUCAUUGGAGCGUUGACAGCAUCUGGGCUGAUUGUCUCUAUUUGCCUCUUCGUGGGUCUUUGUCAACCAGUUGCUGACUGCAUCUCCAAAGUACCGUUAUUUGCAAUUGUCGCAACUUGUCUUGAUCGGGUGGAGGAUGUCAUCCCGGUGAUUUAG